AAGAAAGGAUUACCCCAAAAGCAAUCAUUUUGAAUUGGAUGAGCUUCAACUAAAGUGGGUGAUUGGCUUAUAGGUAGUUAACUCCCCUGCCUUCCCCUUUCAUUUCUCCUCACUCUUCAAAUUGCUUCAUUUUCUUCUUAUAAUGCUCCUUUGUUUGGGACAAAGAGAAUAAGGGGGCCUUCAGAAAUGAGCACAGCCAGGUUUAUCAAGUGUGUCACAGUGGGGGAUGGCGCAGUGGGAAAGACUUGCAUGCUCAUUUCCUACACUAGUAACACCUUUCCAACGGAUUAUGUUCCAACGGUGUUUGACAACUUCAGUGCCAAUGUGGUGGUAGAUGGUAGUAUAGUCAACAUUGGCCUAUGGGAUACUGCAGGACAGGAAGAUUACAACAGGCUAAGGCCUCUAAGUUACAGAGGAGCUGAUGUGUUUCUUUUGGCCUUCUCUCUAAUCAGCAAGGCCAGUUAUGAGAACAUCUCUAAAAAGUGGAUCCCUGAGCUAAGGCAUUAUGCACCCAAUGUACCAAUUGUGCUUGUGGGAACCAAACUUGAUUUGCGAGAAGACAAGCAGUUCUUGGCUGAUCAUCCUGGAGCAACGGCAAUAACAACUGCUCAGGGCGAGGCAUUGAAGAAGAUGAUCGGUGCAGUCGCUUACAUAGAGUGCAGUUCCAAAACUCAGCAGAAUGUGAAGGUUGUCUUUGAUGCUGCAAUAAAGAUUGCUUUGAGGCCACGAAAACCAAAGAAGAAGCUACGCAAGCAAAGAACGUGCGCCUUCCUCUAAUGCUAAAAAAAAUCAGCGUUGAUCCCAAAUUCUCUUCUCCAACGUUGCUGUCGAUUAUAUAUAUAGUUCAUUUUAGUUUCCUGCAAUUGUCAUUUUACUCAGAAGUUUUGUCUGGAGCCAUGGAAAUCUCUAGGGGGGGGACAAUGGAUAUAUGUAAACUUCUAUGCUGCAAUAUGAGUUAUAUUAUGUGCAGUAUUAAAUUGAUUCUUUUUGUUUAUGGCAAAACAAGAGCCCCUUCACCAUUUUAA